UUCGGCCUUCGUCAGUUGGAUCUCUCACUACUCUCGCAACUGUGGGCGCUCAACGAUUCGAUACAGGAAUUUCGUACGAUGCUAGAGUCACAGGAACUUGAACCUGACUCGUAUUCGCCACACUCACCGACGCCCUCCUCUUACGAUUCCGUCUCAAGUGAUGCCGAAGAUGAAACUUCAGCCACAACAAAUAAAACAAAAAAGAGCAAAUCAGCCGACAUUAAUAAACCAAAAAUAAUAACAACACAACCAAAAUUAACUCAACGUUCCAACUCAGCAACGGAACGAACAAGUAAUCUAAGUGCGACAGCACCACAACGACCAUCACCGCCGAAAAUUCUCGAUAUGAGACCUGUACCGCGCAUGCGCAGUGCGCCACCACCACCGCCCGUCAAUCGCAAAUCGGCAGCACCGCCACGCCCCACAUGAUGCUACCUAACCGACUUCCUCGCCAGCGUAAAGAUGGUCAUGUGCAAAGCGAUUAUAA